AGCUGCUCUUUUGAUUUUCUGUUCGCCAGGAAAUAUUUGCAUAUUUCUUCAUUUGAAGCCAAUUUGCUGAAUUGGUUUAGCUCAAUAUUGAUUGGGUUCUUCUGAAAUCUUCUCCAGUUUGAGAGAUGAAGGACCGUCAGCCUCUGAUGGCGGCACUGAAUGAGAACAUGCUGAUCGUCAACAUGCUACUGAGUCUCUUCUUUCUUCCAGGUGCUUUGACUGUUUACUGUGGUGGUUAUAAUCCUGCCCUCAGGAUCACUACACCAAAUAACAUGGAAGCUCUGAUUGGAUCUUGUUUGCAAAUCCCAUGUACCUAUAACACAAAGGAUCCUACAUAUAACAGCAGUAAAACUAUCUAUGGAAUUUGGAUGAAAGGUGGUGUAAAUUUUGGGGUAAAUCCAAGCCCUGUUAUUUUCAACAGCAGUGGGUUAAUUAACACCUUUUCACUGAAUAUUACUGGAAACCUGAAAGAGAAAAACUGCACCACUCUGUUUCCUAAUCUAACAACAAGUCAUACAAACAAAUACUUCUUCAGAGUUGAGAACGGGCCAUUCAGAGUGACAGCUUGUGCUGAUCCUCUUCAAAUAACAGUUAAAGAUUCUCCUUGGAGUCCCAGCAUUAAUGUUCCCUCUGACCUGAAGGAGAAUCAGUCUGUCACUGUAACCUGCUCAGCUUUCACUCCGUGUCCACAAUCACCUCCUGAACUCACCUGGAAUCUCCAACAAGACUCUCUCAGACAAACAGAGAAAAACACAAAUGGAACCUUUACAACUAAAAUCCAGAAGAACAUCACUCUGUCAGACACACAUGAUGGAUACAACAUCAGCUGUUCUGCCAGAUAUCCUGUGAUUGGAGGAAACAAGACAGCAGAGACUAAAGUGACUCUUAGUGUUUCAUAUGCUCCUAGAAACACCUCAGCAUCCAUCAGUCCAUCAGCUUUGGUGUCAGCAGGUAGCAGGGUGGAGCUGAGCUGCUCCAGCAGAGCCAAACCUCCACCCAGCUUCACCUGGUUCAGGAACAGCAAAGAUGGAGCCACUAAAGUGUCUGUUAGCCAGGUUUACAGCUUCAAUGUUACUGAGGAAGAAAAGUUUUACUGUGUGGCUACAAAUGAUCUGGGUCAACAAAAAUCGUCUGUGAUUCUUGUUGAUAUUAAAGAUGAUCAAUCAUCUGAAUUCCAGAUCCUUAAUAUAUUGAAGAUCCUGGGGAUUGUAUUGCUCUGCACUAGCAUCAUCAUCUUUGAGUGCUGGUUCAGAUUCUCCAAGAAACCAAAGAAGGAACCAGAAGAACCAACCUAUGUCAACAAUGUGAUGGUGACUAAAGCAUCAUGAGCCACAAAAAGAUCAAGAAGAUGUCAAGGCCUCUGUCAGAGAGAGGAUUUAUUAUUUCUAUCCAAUUGUUCAAGUUUGUGUCUCAAGAAGCUUUUUUCUAUGUGCAAAGACCAAUAGGUGGAGGUCUGGAUACACUGUGGACGCGUCACCAGUCCAUCACAUCCCCAUUCGUUGUGCUUUAGAAAUUUCUUAUUAUUUCUUGACACUUAUUUUUGCACUUAAGUUUGGUACUAAUGGAGUAUGCUGAUGCUUUGUUGGAUUGCUGUGUCAAAAUAGAGGUCUCUUUCUAUUUCAGGUGUAAAACAUGCAAUGUAAAAUAAGAUAAUUAUAAUAACAGUACGUAUAUACAGUAUACUUCUGUAAAACAAGUAUGAACUGGAUGUCAGAAGCAUUUGUUAUUAUUUCAGGCCAUAUUACCCCAAAUUGAGCAGAUGAAACUAAAAUAACCUCACAGUUUUAAUAUUGUUUAUUUUCAUAUUUUCAUAUCUUUUAUUGUUAUUAGUCACAAAUGACACCACACAUAAGUUACACAGAUUUGAAGUCAGCUCAGCUACGUGAACACACGUAUCAAAAACUCUUUCUUAUCUUGCUUUUUAAAAAAAAUCAUAUUUCAGUGGAGAUCUAAACCUACUUCUUAAAAAAAACAAUAUGUCCACGCAGAAUUGUGCACAGUAUCAAUAAGUGCAAAGAGAAGCAAUGGAAAGGUACUGUAUACUCUUUAUUGUUCUCUGCCAAGCGUGGAAGGCUUCAG